CCAGGUUUAUUUUCAUCAUCCGAAUCCUCAUUAUCGAGUUCCAGGUCACUGGUGGAGUCACUAUCAGAUCCGUUGUCUGAAAAGAUCUCGGUCAGGUCAGAGCUGGCAUCAGUCUGAUUCUCUGUCGUCAGAUCUGACUGGUUGGGAGCAAGGCGCCAUGGUCGACACAGCCCGCGGGGAACUGGCAAACAAAGGGCUCCCCUCCGCAGCGACCGCAGUGAGAACGUCUAGAUCGAUGAUGUUGAACAAAAUAGCAACAAAUGUCCCAUUUGAGACUAGCGUCAAAGGACAUGAAACCCGUGGCUUGGCGUGGAGGGAAAGCCUGUGGCCGUAGGAAUAUGCUCAUCUGA